AUGAGGAGGCGGACUCGUCGGGGAAAUCUGGCAGCUUGUUUACAUCCCCUCGUCCGUCGCCGGGGUCAAGUGGUCGUCGAGCCGGACACCGAAACGAGAGGUCAUAACUCAGUGCCGGACACUCCACCACGUCUUGACCCCAAGCCUGAGCCGACAUUUUCAUUUAUCAAAGGUUUCUUUAUUAAUCAAAGGUUCUUUUCAUCAUCAUCACCACCACCACCACCCUUUGAUAUGAAAAUAAUUGAUGUUUGCAAUGAGGAUAUUAUGAGCAAUCCAGUUCCAGAGCACCAGGUUCACGGCACAACAAUUAUUCUUAAAGAGUUUUGCCAGACAGCACCAAAGGAGCAGUUGUGCAUAACAACGCCAAGCGGCUACAUGGAGAUCACAUUCAUUGUACCUUGCUUUUGUUUUGCGGAGGAGGACGAGACCUUCUCUCUCUACGAAAUUUUUGAGCCUGGCUUCUCGUCAACACCAAAGAGCCAGGGACUAGCACCCUUCGAGCCCCCAGCUGAAGGCACCGUUCCCGGGCGCCCACCACCCGCUCUUCCCGGCACCCCUCCACGCCCUCUAGCCGCCGGGCAGCAUCAAGGGAUCAGAGACGCCCCAGAGACGCCGACCGCCCAGCUCAAGCGCCACCCCAGCAGCGCCGUUUCCCGCCGCCGACCGCCACCGUUUCCCGGCCGCCAUCCAGCCGGGCCCAACCUGGCCAUUCCAGCGGCAACUCCCUUCCUGCCGCUCCCGCUCCUCCAGUCGCGGCCAUCCGACCGGUGCCCCGCUCGCCGCCUGCAGCUUCAGCCAGCCAGGAGGGGUCCCAGCAGCAGACCUCCAUCUUCUCGCCAGUUCACGCUGGAAGAGGAGGAUCUCCUAAUGGGGUUCAACCUGUUCCAGUCGCCAGGGCCACCCUCCCCACCCAGGCCAAGCCCACAGCCGCUUUUGGCCCACCGCCAAGAAGAAGGCACGGAGAUGGUAGACCUCAACGCCCCAACGCCGGCUCACCAUCCAUCUCCCGAUGCUGUGCCUACGGUACCACUUCCACCUGCCCGCCCGCGCACCCGAGGAAUCCCCGAAGGAUGCGGCCACUCAAACGGAAUAGAUCGGGAGCUGAUUCUUGGCGCACUCCCGUCGUGGCUGCGCGAGCUCAUUGGGCGCAGAGAAGCCCGAUCGUCUUCACGAGCUCUCCAGCACUCUGCACCCCACGCCAGCGGUCGCUCUGGCAGACAACCCAACCAACCUGCCACUCAGCGAUCUAACCAGAGAAGAAGGUCCCGCCGACCCAGGCAGCCGAGGGCUCUCCAGCACUCUGCACCCCACGCCAGCGGUCGCUCUGGCAGACAACCCAACCAACCUGCCCCUCAGCGAUCUAACCAGGGAGGAAGGUCCCGCCGACCCAAGCAGCCGAGGCAGCCAAGAUCCCCGAAGCAUCCGAGGACGCCGCGUUCCCCCGGACGCCGCCACACUUGGCACUACGGCCGUGGACGCCCGCAGUUCUGAGCCCCUCUCAGCAUUGUCUUUCAUAAUUUGUAUUUGUGACUUCUCGUAAUUGUACUUACGAACUGUAUUUGUAUUGUAUUUGUAUUUUAUUUGUAUUGUAUUUGUAUUGUAUUUGUAUUGUACUUGUAUUGUACUUGUAUUGUAAUUGUAUUGUACUUGUAUUGUAUUUGUAUUGUACUUGUAUUGUAUUUGUAUUGUAUUUGUACUGUAUUUGUAUUGUAUUUGUACUGUUUUUUGUAAAUAUCACUCAUAUCAUUGUUCUCAGCAAAUUCUAAUUUUUUUCUUAUUUUUCUUUUUAUGAUGAGCAUAUAUGUGCGCGCAGGAGCGUGAUUUCAAGCGCGCAGGACGCGGAGAGCAGCUCCGGGUUGUGAAGCCGGAGAUGGAAGCUCAUCCGAGCGCUUGAGCUGGCUGGACCAGGCGACCAUCGCCUCUCAGUGGGCAGGCAAUCCGCGACAGUAGGCGCGGCGUCUUCAGGUUGUGCGCUUGAAGCGCGGUGAAGACCCCCAAGGGAUACCCCCAGGCCCAGGGCUUCGUUGCAGGACAUUUGAACGAAUUCCGAUUUUUUGAAAAAGUGU